AUGGUGACUCUGACUGCCAUCGUAACUGUGCCCUAUGAAGUCAGGAAUGCAUUUCUGUUCUUUUCAGUCCUGGAGUUUACAGUAGGGAUCCUGGUCAAUGCCUUCAUUUUCUAUGAUCUUGUCCUGCUGAAUCUCAGCCUCACCUGGCUCUUCCUGCACGGGCUGCUCUUUCUGGAUGCCAUCCAGCUUACCCACUUCCAGUGGAUAAAAGACCCGCUGAGCCUCUGCUACCAGACCAUCCUCAUGCUCUGGAUGCUCGUAAAUCAAGCUGGCCUCUGGCUCACCACUUGCCUUAGUCUCCUCUACUGCUCCAAGACUGUCCAUUUCUUUCACACCUUCCUCCUCCGCUUGGCAAGCUGGAUCUCCAGGAAGAUCUCCCAGAUGCUCCUGGGUGCUAUUUUUUCCUCCUGUGUCUGCAUUGUUCUCUAUUUGUGGGACUUUUUCAGUAGAUCUCCCUUCUCAGUUGCAACCAUGUUACUCAUGAAUAACAAUACAGAACUCAACUGAGAAAUUAGAAAACUCAAUUUCUUUCAUUCCUUCCUCUUCUGCAGCCUGGGGUCCAUCCCUUCUUUCUUGCUUUUUCUGGUCUCUUCUGGGGUGCUGAUUGUCUCCCUGGGGAGGCACAUGAGGACAAGGAGGGCCAAAACCAGACAGUCUCGGGACCCCAGCCUGGAGGCCCAUAUCAAAGCACUCAGUCUCGUCUCUUUCUUCUGCCUGUAUGUGGUGUCCUUCUGCGCUGCCUUCAUCUCGGUGCCUUUGCUGAUGCUGUGGCACAACAAGAUCGGGGUCGUGGGCUGUGCAGAGAUACUGGCAGUCCCCUCGGGGCACACAGUCAUCCUGAUCUCAGGCAAUGCCAAGCUGAAGGGAGCUGUGGAGACCAUUCUUCUCCGGGCUCAGAGCAGCCUAAAGGUAAGGGCGGACCGCAAGGCAGAUCCCAGGAUGCCAGAUCUAUGUUGA